GGGUGGGGGAGAGAGGGAGGGCGAGAGGGAGAGAGAGGUGCCAUGUGCUUCCUGUCUACUCGGCAUUCACCUCCCCGGGCUCCAACAGGAUGGAGGUCCUGUGCGCUGCUGCCUGCACUGAAAUAAACUGAAAUAACUCCGUUUUCUACUUUUACACCACCUGCUUCUUUCGGUUUGGGUUUUUUUUAUAUAACCAGCUUCCCUCUCUGGACUCGCCUGAUUUUUUUUUUUAAUCUAUUUUUAUUCAUAUUGUUUAUUAUUUCCCCAUCCUGAACCCCGCUGGAGUGUGCUGUUUUUUCAAGAGACAAAGGCUUCCAGGGAUGGAGUCGAUGCCCGGACAGCCUCGAGACGCGGGACGAGAAGCCAACUCUUCCCCGAGUUUAAAGCGGGACGCACAAAGCUUUUCCGGCCCCAGCUCACUCAAACCAAACCAAGUGAGUGAGACCUCUCUGUACGGGGUGCCCAUCGUAUCUCUGGUCAUAGACGGUAGGGAGAGACUGUGCCUGGCGCAGAUUUCUAACACCCUGCUGAAAAACUACAGCUACAACGAGAUACACAACCGCCGGGUCGCCUUGGGCAUCACCUGUGUGCAGUGCACGCCCGUCCAGCUGGAGCUCCUGCGGCGCGCUGGGGCCAUGCCCAUCUCCUCCAGGCGCUGCGGCAUGAUCACCAAACGGGAGGCCGAGAGGCUCUGUAAGUCCUUCCUGGGAGCUCACAGCCCCCCAAAGCUACCAGAAAAUUUCGCAUUUGAUGUGUCUCACGAAUGCGCCUGGGGCUGCAGAGGCAGCUUCAUUCCCGCCAGAUACAACAGCUCCAGAGCGAAGUGCAUCAAGUGCACCUUUUGCAACAUGUAUUUCUCUCCAAAUAAAUUCAUUUUCCACUCCCAUCGCACCCCAGAGUCCAAAUAUCUGCAGCCGGAUGCGGCGAACUUCAAUUCGUGGAGACGCCACCUGAAACUGACAGAGAAAAAACCAGCUGAUGAUAUUAACCACGCGUGGGAGGAUGUAAAGGCCAUGUUCAACGGCGGGAGCAGAAAGAGGACUCUGCCCAUGACUGGGUCGGGAAUGUCCUCGUCGAUGAAAUCACAGACCUCGUCCAGUCAGGCUCAGACCCGCUCCCCUGAGAUCCCUCACAAAACUUUACGGUGCGACGAUGAGCAGGGGAAUAAUAACCUAAGUUUGGCGAGUGGUGCGCGGAGCUAUCCAGUCAUCCCAGUGCCUAGCAAGAGCUUUGGCAUGCUUCAGAAAAUCCCCCCACCUCUGUUCCCUCACCACCCCUAUGGCUUCCCCAGUUACGGCCUGUGUCAGAAAAAGAGCGACGGGGUCCCUGACGCGAACAAAACCAACGUCUCUGGUGUCUUCUGGCCUGGUGCAAAGGACACUCUCUAUCCGGCUUUCCCUAUGUUUUGGCCUACAGCUGGAGGCCUGCCUAUGCCGCCCUACCCGGGGUCUCCACCCAAGCCUCCUCUAGAGCUGCCAGGCGUCCGGCAGGGCGAACCAGACUUAUCGGACCAAAGCGACAGAGGCGCAAACGCACCCAAAGACACAAACCACCACCCUCACCAUCAGCAGGACGGUGGAGAGCGCUGCCCCAGCUCCCAGUCCUCCUCCAACAGGAACGACGAGGACAAGUCCGGGGACGAGACCUCCCAAAGGAAAGUGAGCUACAUUUCGGCCUUCAGACCCGUUGUCAAAGACGCAGAGACCAUCGCCAAACUCUACGGCAACCGGGACAGCUACAGCGUGCGCCCUGGCUACCUGUCCCCGGAUUUUAUCAGCGAGAGCUCGAGUUACAGGUCGAUAUCACCGGACAGGGAGAGCGUGGUGGACGACGACGACGACGACCCGGACGUGGAUGUGGAGUCCAACCGGGGGCAAGACGAAGAUGAACCCAUCCGGAUCUCGCCGGGAGGGGACCACCGCGACUCCCCCGUGCACGACCGCGUCUCCUCGGGUGCUGAGGAUAACCCGGAGCAGCCUGACGCCUGCAGCCCGGGGGCACCGACAGCAUCACCGGAGGACUCCGUUCAAAGCGGGUCAUCAGACGAGGACAGGCACAUGCGUAAUGGCUCUCCUCUUCGAGAAGUGUACACUCGUGAAAAGGACGGCCACGUGAUUCUGAACGAGCCUUCGCCGUUCGGGUCCAAACAAUCGAGCAGCCCCCGCAGACCCAACGGUUUCCAUCACGCGUCUGAAAUACACAACCAACGCACCGCGUCGUCUUACCAGGAGCACAAGGACAAACAAGCCGAUGGAGCUUUACGCAUCGACAUAAGUGUGCACGAAAGAGAUCUGGAGAACAUGGCGAAAGAGGAAUUGCAGAAGCAGCUUGUGGAGCAAGUGGAGCUGAGGAAGAAGCUGGAGAGGGAGUUUCAGCAUUUAAAAGAUAAUUUUCAGGAUCAAAUGAAGCGUGAGCUGUCCUACAGAGAGGAAAUGGUCCAGCAGCUGCAGAUUGUUCGAGACACUUUGUGCAGCGAGUUGGACCAAGAGAGAAAGGCUCGUUAUGCAAUACAGCAGAAGCUAAAAGAAGCUCACGACGCCCUUCACCAUUUCUCCUGCAAGAUGCUCACCCCUCGUCAGUGCACCGGAGCCUGCACCUUCAAACCCCCGCUGCUGCCUCCCUAGUACGCGGCCCGCCUCGCACACCUGACCCCACAGCACAGCCAAAAAAAGAAAUAAAUGAAAAAUUAACAUUUAAAAAAGAAAAAAAACACACACACACACACACAGAUCCGCCUCGAGAUGUCUCACAUGUUUGUACCCCCCCGGACUUCCAACCUGCUGUACAGAUACACUACUGAUUUUAGCACUUGACUCAACUUGGAGACUUGAAGGUUUUGGCACUGACGUCUCCUCCUCCUCUGAAAAAAAAUGAAUAAAUAAAAAUUAAAGAACUCUUGUGUUAAAGAAGAUCAUUACGUUGUGAAUCACAGGAUCUGAAGCUGCUCAAACCAAGGAGUCCCAUUGAAUCAAAGCUCUCUGCUCUUUAGCUACUCUGAAAAGAAAAACCAACUCUAUAUACAUAUAUAUAUAUAUAUAUAUCAUGUGACAAUGUGCAAUGGCUUGUAUAAUUGUGAUAUUAAGUUUCUCACUAUUUAGAUUUUGUUGCUUGUUUGAAUACGUUGAGUUUUUACAUGAUGUUUGUUAUUUAUUUCCUCAUUUGAUUUGUCGUUUAGAUCAUUUGUGACACGUCAUGAAGCACUUUAAAUGGGCAACACUCCGAAUCCAAAUUCUGUUAUCACAAAAAAAAAAGAAAGAAGAAGAAAAAACCCACGAGGAUGUUUUAAACAGAGCACGUUGUUACGAGCACUUACUUCAACAGCUCUUCAGGUUUGUACAGUUCAGACUUUGACACAAAUCUGAUCUCAUUGUUUUCUCUGGUUCUCUUUUUGUUUUGUUUUUUGUUUGUUUCUUUGUUUUAAUUUUGUCAUUAAACACAUCUGUGAGUCACAGCAGACAAAACCAAAACUUUUUUCUGUCAUCUAACGGUCUUUUUAUAUGAAAAAGACAAUGAAUGAACUAUGUGUAUAACUGCCAUUCACACCAUGUUCACCUCUUCUCAGUUGCUGAAUUAAACACAAAUACACACACCGAAAUGUCCCUGACACGGUUUACUCAUAAUUUUCCCAUUCAUGUAUGUACCCAUGUCAAUAUUAAUAAAAACAUGAAAGCCA